CUUCCGGCUCCGGGUUCUUCUCCUUUCUCUGGAGCUCGAGCCUCAGCAGAGGGAGGAAAGAUGGCGGCGGCCCAGUCCGACAGAGAUCUUCCGUCCGCUUUAUGUUCGGAAUUCCUGAAUUUCUCCGCCAAAGACACCGCGUCGCGGUGGCUGGUGGCACCUGACCUGCAGCAGGAGGUGUAUCGACACCUUGCCUUGUAUGUACCCAGAGCCCUUUGCCUGGGCCAGAGCCGGGGGAGCAGCAGGGAGGAGCAGAGGGAGGAGCAAAGGGAGGAGUUAGCCUGCCAGCUCCUUCUCCUGGCUCCUCUGGAGUGGCUCCUGCUCGGGGAGGAUCCAGCUGCUGGUCUGGCUCUUCUGCAGGAGAAGAACCUGCCGUCACCUCUGUGUGGACAUGUGUUCAAGGUGGGAGAGCCCACCUACUCCUGCAGGGAGUGUGCAGCAGACCCUACCUGCGUUCUGUGCAUGCAGUGUUUCCUGGGCAGCGUUCACAAAGAGCAUCGAUACAGGAUGACAACGUCAGGAGGUGGGGGUUUCUGUGACUGUGGAGAUGCUGAGGCCUGGAAGAAAGGUCCUUACUGCCACAAACACACACCAACAGACACCAACAGGCACUCAGAGGAGGAUCCUGUAGCUCUGCUGCCUGCUGACAUGGUUGCUCGUGGUUACAGCAUUUUCUCGAUCAUCCUGAAGUAUGCUGUGGACAUGCUGACCUGGGACCAAGAAGACCAGCUACCUGAGGGACUGGCACCACCGGACAGAGUAGACACUUUCCACUGCAUGCUGUUUAAUGAUGAAGUGCACACGUAUGAACAAGUGAUCUACACUCUGCAGAAAGCCGUCAACUGCAGCCAGAAAGAAGCGGUCAGCUUUGCCACCACUGUGGACAGAGAUGGCAGAAAGUCUGUGCGAUAUGGAGAUUUUCAGUUCUGUGAGCAGGCCAAGUCUGUCAUAGUGAGGAACACCAGUCGUCAGUCAAAGCCUCUCAGGGUUCAGGUGAUGCACUCAUCGGUUGUUGCUCAUCAGUGUUUUGCUCUGAAGGCUCUUAGCUGGUUGGGACAGGUCAUCCAGUACUCAGAUGGUCUGAGGAGGAUCCUGUGUCAGGUUGGCCUCCAGAGAGGUCCAGAAGGAGAAAAUUCCUCUCUGGUUGACAAACUGAUGCUCAAUGACUCCAAGAUGUGGAAAGGUAACAAGAACAUCUACCACCAGUUGCUGAUGAACAGCCUCCUCAUGGACCUCAAGUACAAGAAGAUCUUCGCCAUCCAGUUUGCCAAGAAUUAUGAGCGCUUGCAGUGCGACUACGUGAGAGACGACCACGACCGUGAGUUCUCCAUCACUGACCUGUCAGUACAAAUAUUCACCGUCCCGUCGCUGGCCCGGAUGCUGAUGGUGGAGGAGAACCUAAUGACGACCAUCAUAAGAACAUUUGUGGAUCACCUUCGACAUAGAGACCUGCAGGGACGCUUUCAGUUUGACCGCUACACCGCCCAGCAGGCCUUUAAGUUCGGACGGGUCCAGAGCCUCAUCGGAGACCUCAAGUACGUCUUGAUCAGUCGUCCCUCUGAGUGGAGCGAUCAGCUCCGACAGAAGUUUCUAGAAGGUUUCGACGCUUUCCUGGAGCUCCUCAAGUGCAUGCAGGGUAUGGACCCGGUAGUGAGACAGGUGGGUCAGCACAUUGAGAUGGAGCCUGAGUGGGAGGCAGCAUUCACUCUGCAGAUGAAACUGACUCACAUCAUCUCCAUGAUCCAAGAGUGGUGCUCCACUGAUGAGCACGUGCUGAUCGAGGCCUACAAGAGGUGUCUGAGCAUACUCAGUCACUGUCACAGCAGCCUCCCAGAUGGCGAACAGCCAAUCAGCUUGAGUCUGGCAGGUCACUGUGUGGAGACAUUCAGGUACCACGUGUCUCAGGACAAAGUGUCCAUACACCUGCCGGUCUGCAGGCUACUAGCAGGGCUCCACGUUCUUCUCAGCAGGACAGAAGUGGCCUCACGUUCCCCUGAACGGCUCCCUCUGGGUGAACUCAGCCCGCCCCUCCUGAUCGAACUCCCUCUCCGGUGCCUGGUGCUUUGUGCCCAGGUGCAUGCUGGGAUGUGGAGGAGGAACGGGUUUUCUUUGAUCAACCAGAUUUAUUACUAUCACAACGUGAAGUGCAGAGUGGAGAUGUUUGACAAAGACGUCAUCAUGCUGCAGGCGGGAGCAUCCAUGAUGGAUCCAAACCACUUCCUGAUGAUCGUUCUGAGUCGAUUUGAACUCUUUCACAUUUUCAGCUCUGCAGACUGCAGGAAGAGAUACAGGGAGGCGAACAAGGAUGUGGUCCAGCAGAAUAACACUCUUAUCGAGGAGAUGCUCCACCUCAUCAUCAUGGUCGUCUGUGAGCGGUACGUGCAGGGUGUCGGCCAGGUGGAGCCCUUUGAUGAGGUCAGGAGAGAAAUCAUCCACCAGCUGUCAAUCAGACCGAUGGCUCACAGUGAGCUGGUGAAGGCUUUACCUGAGAAUGGGAACAAGGAGACUGGUCUAGAGAAGGUCAUCGACUCCGUGGCUUCAUUCAAGAAGCCCGGUGUGACGGGUAGAGGUCUGUACGAGCUGAGACCUGAAUGGAACAAACACUUCAACCUGUACUUCCAUCACUACAGCAGAGCCGACCAGUCCAAGGCUGAGGAGGCUCAGAGGAAGCAGAGGAGACAGAGCGGAGAGGACACAGCCCUGCCCCCCCCUCUCCCUCCCUCUCUCUGUCCUCUGUUUGGCAGCCUGGUGAACUUGCUGCAGUGUGACGUGCUGCUGGCUGUAGAGGGCGCCGUGCUGCAGUGGGCUGUGGAGCCCAGCGGGGGAUGCUGGACGGAGUCCAUGCUGCAGCGGGUGCUUCAUCUGGUGGGCAUGGCUUUACUGGAAGAGCAGCAGCAGCUGGAAAACAGCAGCGGAGAGGAUGACAUCACCUUCAACUACACCUGCAAGAUCACACGUCCAGGUGAAGCUCCAAGUACGUCUGGAAGUGUCUUAGCCUUGUUGGAGAGUCUACAGAAUGCUCCUCACCUGGAAGUCCACAAAGAUAUGAUCACCUGGAUCCUCAAGAUGGUGGCAAACAUCAAAACUAUCCGGGAACGGACGUCAACCACCUCCACCGUCACCGUCUGCCAAGGACAAGGCCUGGAGGAGACGGUUCGAGACAAAGACAAGGCUGAGAGGAAGAGGAAGGCAGAGAUGGCUCGGCUCAGGAGGGAGAAGAUCAUGGCUCAGAUGUCUGAAAUGCAAAAACACUUCAUCAACGAGAACAAAGAACUUUUCCAGCAGAGUCUAGAGGAGCUGGAGGCUUCAACGUCUGCUGCUGCAGAGAACAGUCCUCCCAGUCUGGAGCAGUCAUGUCUCUCUGAAGUGUGUGUCGGUCCCAGGAGGAUAAGCGGAGCAGAGCGGCGUCAGCUAGUCACCUGCAUAUUAUGUCAGGAGGAGCAGGAGGUCAAAGGUCAUCGUAAAGCCAUGGUUCUAGCAGCUUUUGUCCAGAGGUCUACAGUUUUGUCCAAAAACCGUCAGCGCAGCUUGCCUGACCCAGAAAGUCACGAGCCUCUGUUCAUGCACCCUGACUUGUCUCUGGGGAUUCACACGGCCAGCUGUGGACACAUCAUGCACGCCACCUGCUGGCAGAGGUACUUUGAGGCGGUGCAGCUGAAGGAGCAGAGACGUCAGCAGCGCCUCAGAGGACACACCAGCUACGACGUGGAGAACGGAGAGUUCCUGUGUCCGCUGUGCGAGUGUCUGAGCAACACUGUGAUCCCUCUGCUCCCACACACACACUCACCUCACUCCAGUGUGGAACAUCCCAGUCUGGAGGCGUGGCUUAAAACAACCAAUCAGCAGAUAGCAGCACUACACUCCGCUCACAGGAAGCAGUCUGACGAUGUAGCAGAGGAGGCAGAGCCGGCUGUUCCUGAAGGAUUCAGAGUCGACUUCACUCCACAGAACCCCUUCUCCAGCAGCAUCAAUGAAAUGAUCACCACGUUCAGCAUGUCCACCUACAAAGUGGGGCUGAAGGUGAACCCUAAUGAGCAGGACCAGAGAGUCCCAGUGUUGAUCUGGUCCACCUGCGCCUACACCAUCCAGAGUAUAGAGCGGCUCCUAAUGGACGAGGAGAAGCCAUUGUUUGGAAGUUUACCUUGUCGACAGGAUGACUGUCUGAGCUCUCUUGCGAGGUUCAGUUCAGCCUGCUGGACGGCAGCUCCACUGACGACAGUUCACUCACACUUCAUCAGACUGCUCUCAGCCCUGGUUCCAGACCCUCAGGUAGAAAACACUCCCUGUCUCCUCGACGUAGACAUGUUCCACCUUCUGGUGUACAGUGUCUUGUCAUACAACUCAGUUAGCAGUCUAGACCAAUCAGGACGGAGCGGGGUGGACUCAGCCCACCUCCACAUCCUUCAUCUGGUAACUGUGGCUCACCUGGUUCAGAUCUUGCUCACCUCCACAACAGAGGAGGUGUGUAUGGAUCAGGACACUGAUGCAUCGGAGGAGGAGGAGCUCACAUGUAAGCUCUACAGCAUGAUCAGGCAACACCUGGGCAGUGUCUUACCUGAAGUCUCCUCUGGGUGGCAGCUGAGUCAUUGCGUUAAAGUCGGCAUUCUGCCAUUCCUCCGAGCCGCCGCCCUCUUCUUCCACUACCUUAACUCUACAGCGCCACCUGCUGACUUGCUAGUUGCAGGUCCUGGUCAGUGGGAGGCGCUGUGCAGCUACCUCAGUGUGCCCUCCAACCUGCUGCAGCUCUACCAGAGCCAUCACACACUGCUGGAACCUCUCAUACACAGGUGGUGUUCUCAUCCAAGUGUAAGACAGACGCUGCAGGGGGGUGGAGUCAUAAUCAGGUUCCCCAGAGUGUCGAAUCGACUGAUCGAAUUGCCAGAGGAUUACAGCGUCCUGAUCAACCAGGCAUCCAGCUUCACGUGUCCACGGUCUGGUGGGGACAAGUCUCGAGCUCCCACGCUCUGUCUGGUCUGCGGCUCCAUGUUGUGUUCUCAGAGUUACUGCUGUCAGACAGAGGUGGACGGAGAGGAUGUUGGAGCCUGCACUGCUCACACCUUCACCUGUGGAGCCGGCCUGGGACUCUUCCUCAGAGUCCGAGAGAGCCAGGUGUUGUUCGUAGCAGGUAAAACAAAGGGCUGUUUCUACCCUCCACCAUACCUGGACGACUACGGAGAGACAGACCAGGGCCUCAAGCGGGGGAACCCUCUCCAUCUGUGUUCAGAGCGUUACAGGAAGAUAGAGCGUUUGUGGCGUCAGCACGGCGUCGCUGAGGUCAUCGGUCACGCUCAGGAGGCCAAUCAGACGCUGGUUGCUAUCGACUGGCAGCACCUGUGAUGCCCCGCACUGCACACGCUCAGAACCGUGGCUGGUGAUUGGCUGCCCGUGUUGGCCCUGCCUCUUUUUUAAAAACAACUCCUCCUUGACUAAUCAGCUUCCCAGCGCUGAGCUCAGAUCAGCUUUCAGGGAUUUUUUUGGGACUUCUGGCUUUUUGGUUUCUGUUUAAUGGAGGCGUCUUACCUUUGACCUCUUUUCAGGGCAAGAGAGGCAAUAAAACUGACUCCACAUUUGCUGCUUGCGCUUACAUAGUAAGGAAGUUACAGAAGCGUCUUUAAGAGUUUUAAAUUAAGUUUUCCUCGUGUUUUGAGUUUGGUGUUUGGAGGUGGUUUAUCAAUCUUUGGAAAGACAGAUUCUGCAGGAAUGAAACAAACCUCAGAUAUGAGCCAACCUGCUGCUGUCGAUCUGAGGUUGAUUGUGGAGCCACUUUGAACUGUCAGUCUUUAAUUUAUAAUCUGUUUUCUAUUGGCAUGAUGGGAGAAGGUGGCCUUUUUAAAACCUCCAUAUCCUCACACACGUCAGCAGCCGCUGAGGCUUGAUGAUCGCAUUAUCAGUUUAAGACAUAUUACAAAUAUGAACAGGUCUGCAGUGACAGAAACAACUGUGGAGCAUAAUUUAUUAUUUAAUUAAUUAUUUAGCCUUGUUUUCAUGCAUAUGGGUUAAAUGAGCGCUAGAAACUUGUUCUAUAGCUGCCUCUGUUCCUGACGAUCAGUUUGUUAUUGACAACAGCCAGAGGAGAUGGAAUAUUACGUUCAGUCAUAUGAAUCAUAUUUUGUGUCUUAUUGAUCAUUUUGACAACAUAUCAAACUACAUAUCAGAAGUGUGUUUAUUAGGAAUGAAAGACAGAUGUCAGCUUCAGUUUUAAGUUUAACUCGUUGUUUUAAGGUUUUAUUUUAAAGAGACUUGAUGCUUUUCGUGUGAUGUCACUUUCCGUUAAAUUGGGUUGAAUGUUUUUUUUCUCUUUUAGUUUGCAGUUAGAUUCCAACCUCCUGAACAGACAGAAACACAGAAAUGUCCUUCAUUUAUUUAUUUAUUUAUUAGUUUGAAAUAAAAUCUGAUUUUCUUCCAUCAAGUGGAAAAGUUUAAAAUCUGUUUAUUUCUUGUUUCAGACUUUCUGCUCAUUUGUGUUCUCACUUUUAGAUACAAACAUUUUCAGAUCAACAGACUCGUUCUCAGCAUGUUGCUUCUCGCGCUGCAUCAUCUACCACAGCUGACUUGUUAAUAUGUGAAUUUUUGUAAAAAUGACUUAUGUACAUUAUUGUAUAAGAAUAACAAAACAAAUAAAAACUUUAAAAGAACUCAA